ACUUUAAUUUUUAAAAGUUUGUGCAGGCGGCAAACGAAGAACACCCAAACCAAAUGAAUGGCAUCAUCAAUCAAUCGCUUCUUCCAUCACACCAAACUCCAAUUCUCCCACCACCACAACCUCCUCUCCACGGCGGCGCUUCUCCGCUCUCCGGCGGCGCUCCGGACCACCGCCGCCGCCGGAAUUCCCAACCAGCUCGACGCAAUUAUCCUCCCCACAAAUCUAACAGCCUUACCCUUCCCACAACUCCAAUCAGCCCACGCUUCCUUCCUCAAACUAGGGCUCCUAUAUCCCGCCAUUUCCGCCGCCGACAAUUUGAUCCAAAGCUAUUUGAAUUGCGGCCAAAUCGACCACGCACUAAAGGUGUUCGACGAAAUGCCGAGGCAAAGUUCUUUGUCGUCAAAUUCGUUGAUUCUGAGCUGCAACGCUAAUUCUCGAUACGACGAUUCAUGGAAAACGUUCCGUCGAAUGCACGGGAUCGGAUCGACCGUUGACGCCAUCGCCGGCAUCCUCUCGGCUUGCGCUUCAGAGAAAGUUUUGCGGCACGGCGGCGAACAGGUUCACGGCAUUGUUACAAAGACCGGGCUUUGUUCGAAUCCGUACGUUGCGGCCGGAGUAAUAAAUUUAUACACGGCGGAGGAAGCUUUUGAAGCAUUGAACGACGUUGAAUUCGCGAACAUUUUUUGCUGGAACGCUGCGUUGUCCGGCGCUGUUAAAUCCGGGGACGGUAUAACGGCUUUUCGGGUGUUCAACGAGAUGUGCCGUCACGAUUCAAUCGCUCCUGACGCGUUCGCGAUUUCUCGAAUCUUGGCCGUAUGCGCGAAGGAGAUCGAAUACGGCGAGAGCAUCCACGGACAAGCGAUCAAGCGCGGUAUAGAAGCCGACGCUUUCGCUGGAACGGCUAUAGUCGAUUUCUAUGCUCGAUCGGGAGAUACACGUAGCGCCGUUAAGGAGUUCGAGUCGAUCCCAGUUCGGAAUUCCGGCGCUUGGGCGGCAAUCAUCCGCGGUUUCAUUCACGAUGGCGAUCCGGGUUCAGCGAUUCGGGUUCUUAGCGACAUGCGAAAAGCCGGAGAGGAAGUGAACAAGUUCACGGUCUCGACCGUGAUCGCAGCCUGCGGAGAUCCGACGAUGUUCGAAGAAGUACGGCAAUUGCAUGGCUGGGUUUUGAAGAUGGGACUCUAUCGAGACUCCGUCGUUCGAGCGCCGUUGAUAAAAAUGUACUCGAAUGCGGGGGCUAUCGACAUGUCGGAACUCGUGUUCGCGGAGUUUCGAGACACGGAGGAAGUCGGCAUCUGGGCGAACAUGCUUUCCGUGUACGUCAACGACGGAAAAAGCUACGAGAAGGCGGUCGAUUUCUUUCGUCGGAUGCUAGAAGAGAACGUCGCGAUCGAUCACUUCGUCGCGUCGAGUAUCUUGAGCGUUGUCGACAAUUUAUCGUUGGGGCGUCGGAUACACGGUCAUAUCGUGAAAACGGGUUUUCUCUCGGAAGUUUCGGUCAGUUGCUCGAUCUUCACCAUGUAUUCGAAGUGCGGCGACUUGACGGAGUCUCUUAACGCUUUCCGGCGACUCGAGAAGAAGGACGUUGUUUCAUGGACGUCGAUGAUUUCCGGUUUGUCAGAACACGGCCGUGCGAACGAUGCCGUUAUGUUGUUCAGGGAAAUGGUGCCUGAAUACCCGACGAUCGACGCAAAGAUUUUAGCCGCGGUUAUGAACGCAUGUUCGGUUCUUUGCUCGUCGAAGCUCGGGAAAGAGGUUCACGGAGCGGCGCUCCGACGAGGGUUCGCCGGGGAGGCGACGAUCGACGGAGCGUCGGUGAAUAUGUACGCGAAAUGUGGCGAUCUUCGAUCGGCGACGGUUGCUUUCACGAUGAUGCCGGUCAAGGACCCAAUUUCAAGGUCGUCUAUAAUCGCGGGAUUUUCUCACCACGGCCGCGUCGACGAGGCGCUGAAGUUAUUAAAAGACAUGCUCAUAUCCACGCCGAGUCUUGACCCAUUUACAAUCUCAUCCGUAAUCGGUGCCGUCGCAAUAUCGGGCGCGCCACCGAUCGGGAUGUCCUUACAUGCGCACAUCAUUAAGAUCAGUCUAGAAUCGUAUGCAGCCGUCGGCAGUUCGAUUGUGAUGAUGUAUUCGAAGAACGGGAGGAUCGACGAUUGUCUUAAGGCAUUCAAACAAAUUACGAAUCCCGACUUGGUGAGCUGGACGGCGAUGAUCGAUUGCUUCGCGUAUCACGGGAAGGGGACAGAGGCGCUAACGUCGUUCGACGUUAUGACGAAAUCGGGAAUAAAUCCCGACGACGAGACGUUUCUCGCUGUGCUCUCCGCGUGCAGCCACGCCGGGUUGGUCGACGCCGGGUAUCGUCAUCUGAACUCGAUGAUCGUGGAUUACAGGAUUCAGCCAGGCCAUAAGCAUUAUGUUUGUAUGGUCGAUCUUUUGGGUCGAGCGGGGAGAGUAGAAGAAGCCGCGAGGUUUAUAUGCAACAUGCCUUUCGAACCCGAUAUGAUCGCGUGGGAAACGCUACUCGCCGCGUGUCGAGUUCACGGCAAUCGGGAGAUUGGAAAAUUGGCGGCCCGGAAAGUUCUAGAACUCCGGCCACCGGACGCCGGAGCUUAUGUUAUGGCGUCGAAUAUGUUCGCCGAAGAGGGGGAAUGGGAGCAAGUGGAACAACUUAGGAGUUUGAUGAUAGAGUGCCGAGUGAAGAAAGCCGAGCCGGGAUGGAGUCACGCAUAAUAGUUGGUUGCGUCUAGCCGGGCUGUGUUUAGAUAGAAGUUUUGAAUUUUUUUAAAAUAA